ACUCUUAAUACGCAUGGUGUAAUAUGGGAUGGAUGGUGCAUGUUUUCGCAGGCCAUGACUUGAAUCUGGGAUUAAGUAUCUGUUUCACUUCAACUUGGCAUACAGUAAGAAAGGCGCUAAACAGGUUGAGUUGCUUUUAAGCAGUGGGAGGAAUACUGAUAAUUUUUUUUUUCUGGGCUGUUUUGGACGAUCAAGUCAGCUAAGGCAAGGCAACCUACAAUACUGCCAGUCUCCUGAAGUCAAGCAAGACUGUUUGAACUUCCAGGAUGUUGAUACUCACAUUUUAAAAUUACAAGUAUCUACAAGUUUCAUGGUGGAAUAUUCCUGAACAACCCCCUUUUCCUCCAGCAAACAUCAUGUGGACUUUUCUGGCUUUUCUUGAGACCAAGGUUUUUCACUAAAAUAAUAGUAGUAACAACAGCCACAACAUGGGUGAUUUAGCUUUAUUUGACAUGCUGGAGUGUCCGUUGUGUUUGAAGAAGUUGGAUGCCUCGGCCAAAGUGCUCCCAUGUCAACACACCUUCUGCAAGCCUUGCCUCCAGAGAAUCUUGAAAUUGCACAAGGAGUUGAGAUGUCCUGAAUGCCGAGCCCUUGUCCUCUGCAGCAUCGAAAAGCUUCCUGCCAACUUAUUUUUGAUCCGAUUAUUGGAUGGAAUCAGACUUGGACCAAAUGUGAUGAAGUUUGGCUCGCUCCAGAGAUCUGGGGUCCUUUCGUCUCCCAUUUCCCUCAGGAGAUCCCGGGGAGAGCCGAGAGCUUUGCAACUCCGUCAAUAUGGGCUGACUUCUUAUCCCAGGAUCCCUAUGGAAGGGGUUCCCCGAGCUAAAGCUUUGUACAGCUAUAGAGGACACAACCCUGGAGAACUGAAGUUCAACAAAGGAGACAUCAUCAUUUUGCACCGUCAGCUGGAUGAAAACUGGUAUCUAGGAGAGAUCAACAGGGUCAGUGGAGUUUUCCCGACAAACUCAGUACAAGUUAUCAAACAGCUGCCCCAGCCACUUCCCCUCUGCACAGCACUUUAUAACUUUGAUCUGAAGUCUAAGAAGACAAAUGAAAAAACAGACUGCCUGCCCUUUCAUAAGGGAGACAUAAUCACUGUUAUCAGUCGAGUGGAUGAGAACUGGGCAGAGGGCAAGAUAGGUGACAGAACUGGAAUUUUCCCCAUCUUGUUUGUAGAGCCAAAUACAACAGCACGGCAGCUCCUUCAGAAAAGUUACCAAUCCUCCCAGCUGAAAUGUGCCUCACCUUUUCAAAAAUCCUUGCCCAGAGCAAAAGGCAUGGAGUCCGAAUCAAGAAGAAAAAACAUGAAGCAAUUCUCUAUCACAUCAGCCUUAAAUACACUCAACAGGAUGGUCCAUUCACCCACAAGACGACAGAGCCUGGAUAUCAGCUCUCCUGUGCUCAUCAGUUCUAGCAACCCAUCGGUAUCUACCCAGAACUAUGAGAAAAUAGAAUGCCCAUACAGCACUCCUGUCCAGGUGAGCACUUCCUACUACUCUCCAUCUGAAUCCAUGGGGCACUCUACAGCUAUCGUCACCCUUCCCCAUUUACAGCAGCACCUCUCGGUGAAUAUGUGUGUGGCUCUGCACUCCUACACAGCUCACAAUCCGGAUGAACUAGAGCUGGAAAAAGGAGAAGGCAUUCGGGUUCUGGGGAAACACCAGGAAGGCUGGCUGAAAGGGAUGUCUUUGAUCACAGGAAAAAUUGGGAUCUUCCCAAGCAAUUAUGUUGCUCCUCUUUUCAGGAAGUCCUCAACCUUCCCUGAUACAAGAACACCUUCCCUCUAUGCGACUUGGACAUUAUCCACCUCCUCUCUUUCAUCCCAGGGAAGCAUCUCAGAAAAUGGCCCCAGGCAAAGCAGGUCUUUGAAAUCUGCCUUUAUGCCCGCAACAUUGGCCUCGCCUGUGAGGAAUCUCUCAGAGCCAAAUGCCUCGGGGCAAACAACCUCUCAGAGAAGAGGAUGUGGCAGCAAUCGGAAAAGUGGAUCUUUACAGAAACCUUUGCAACCAGGAGCUCUUAUUCCAUUUGUCAACUCCCUAAGGCAAAGUCCUGCCACACAAACACGACCCCAGCAAUUGCUGUUAUAUCAACCUAUCUCUACUCUUCCCCGAGGAGCUGGUGCAACUGACACAGGAAUCAAACAAAACUCCUCCUAUGAUUCUUCAUUAGUGUUUGUGCCCCGAAGUGGAAGCAGCCGAGCUCCUUCUGUAUGUAGCACAAUAAUACUGGACACCAAAGAACUGCAGGCAAAAAAUGAGCUGACUCUAAAGCCACUUCCAUCUGCUCCACCGUCCAUUCUAGUGAAACCAGAGACCUCCAGAAACACCACUGAGAAGCAAGUAAAAACGGUGAGAUUUCAGAACUACAGCCCACCACCAUCCAAGAGACAUAAUUCUCUGUCAUCACUCAGUGGCAAACCUGAUCAAGGAGGGGCUACAGAAACAAUACACUCAGAUGUAAACAAAGUCCCAGAAAUGUCAGCUCUCUAUUCUCAUCGUAUUAGCUCCAGUCCAGUUCAUCAAAGAAGAAUGCCACAUCCCAAGACCUCAUCACUGGAUCUAUCUGGUCUAGCAGGCCACAUGACCUUUCCUACAAAAAAGAAUUACAAUACCAUCUCUGAAAACUGAAAAGUUUGAUCCUGUUUAAAUUUCAUCCCUGUGGGUCUUCCUGUCUUUUCUACUUUGUAAGCAAACAAUAAUAUAUCUUGGGUCCAAUCUGCCAACUUAAAAAGUUGAAACCUGACAGAAGAACUAGAGCUCUAAGACCAAUCUACACAGCUAUAGCCUAUUAAUGGACACCACUUGUUUCAUAUUAUGUGGAAAGGUCUUGUUUUGUGCCACAUCUAUGGCUCAAACUGUAAGUGUGUACUCCAGACAUGCCUUUCUCACCAUAUGCACAUAGAUAACCACAGUGGCAAUGUAAAAUUAAUUUGAUUGCUUAAGUACACACAAAAUAUGACUGAAAGAAAAAUAGAUUAUUUUGGAUACAGAAGGCAAUUCAAAAGCCACAUUUAUCUAAGUUAAAUUUCAGUACCAUGGAAUGCAAAUGAAAAUGGAAACACAAACUUGCCCACCCAACCCCCAAAGAUGUUCUUUGGUCUUCUGUGUUUUAUAGUGGAUAAAAUAGAACCCUUGCUUCCCAAACUAUCUAGCUGAGGUCUCAUGUUCCCCUUAACUUCUCUAUUUGCAUUUAAAAACGUUGGAGUUGAUUUAUGUUAGAAUCUGAAAUACAUUUUUAGAAAUAUGAAGUGUUUCCUAGCUCCAAAAACAGUUAGUCAAGGGAGAUUAGAAAAUACAAUCCCUCUACCAGAUCUCCCUAGCCAUUUAUUUUGGGUCUUGCUUCUAUGGAUUGACUGACUGACAUCCUUAUAGUGGGCAAUGUACCAAGUAUUUCAGUAGCUUUGUGAUUCAACAGUGACACUAAUUCCAUGUCAUUAAAUGACAACUGUAUUUAAAGACCUGAGAAAUUAAUCCUCCAGACCUAUAAAGAGUUUAAGAGAUUGUUAACAUGUGCUGACAAAUUCAUGGGCCAGAGCUUCAGUCCCAAUGAGGAACCCGCUUCAUUAAUCUCAAUGGGAUUUGCUUCUGAGAAAAUGAGCAUAAGAGUAGUCUACAAGUAGUUACUGCAUGUGUACCAAUAAACGUGGAAAUGGGGACACACACACCCCUUAUAGGGGAUCCCAGUGUUCAUCCAAAUUACACCCCAAUCAAUCCACACAAUUAACCACUCUUCUGUCCACCUUCAGUAUCCUUGCUCCAGUCCCUCCUUGCAGAAAGCCUUUCCCUCACUUUGCCUGCUUAUCAGGUCUUGUUCACACAAUGCUCACUUGCACCCAACUGCUCUCAUUCUCUCUGGCCUUAGCAAUAAGCAGAACCAGUAAAUCAUAUCAUAUGAACCUAGUUGUGACUUAAUAUUUUGAAUACUACUAUGUGAUAGAGCUUUGUUUAUUUAUUUUUGUUGUCUGUACACACUGCUAGUUCAAAGGCCAUGCAUUCCAGCCAAAAUAAGGAGUAUGACAUUUUGCAAUGGUUUCUGCUAUGCCGUUUCAAUAAAGUUUGGAAGCUAACCUUC